AUGCGUACGCACAUACUAGCUACGGCGUUGUACUGGGGGGCUGCAUGUCGAGCGGCAGCUGUGGGAUUCGGAGAGCAAAGACAACCGCAUUAUUCGGAUGCGCUACAGAAUAUACUCAAGGGGACUGUGGGCGAGGGAGAUCGGUACAAGUAUCCUACGGAUUUUACGAGGGGGAUUGUUCCGAAACCAUUCCACAGCCACAACGACUACUGGCGCGACGUACCCUUCUAUACCGCCCUAAGCCACGGCAGCAUCUCCACUGAAGCCGACGUCUGGCUCAUCGACGGCACCCUCUACGUCGGCCACUCCCCUUCCGCCCUAACCCCCAGCCGCACCCUCGAAUCCCUCUACAUCCAGCCCAUCAUCUCCACCCUACACCGCCAAAACCCCCAAACACCAUUCACCCAGCCCGGCGAGCAAAACGGCGUCUUCGACACCUCAGCCUCACAAACCCUCUACCUCUUCAUCGAUCUCAAGACCGCCGCCGACGAAACCUGGCCUGCCGUCCUCAAAGCCCUCGAACCCCUGCGCUCCGCAGACUGGCUCACCACCUUCAAAGACGGUAAUCUCCGCCACAACCCCGUCACCGUCAUCGGCACGGGAAACACCCAGCUGGCCGACGUGCUGGCCGCCGAGCCCCGCGAUGUCUUCUUCGACGCGCCCCUCUCCCAACUCAACUCCUCGCAGUUUGCAAACCUCUCCGAGGCAGUGGCACCCAUUGCGUCGACGAAUUUCGCACGUGCGUUUGGCGCGGUGCGUAGGCGUGCGUUUAGCGAGGACCAGUUGGAUGUGUUGAGGGCGCAGGUCAAGACGGCGCAUGAGAUGGGGAUCAUGGUGCGUUAUUGGAAUGCGCCCGAGUGGCCGCUGGGGACGCGCAAUGCGGUUUGGAGGACGCUGUGGGAUGAAGGGGUGGAUUUGCUGAGUGUGGAUGAUGUCAAGGGCGCGGCGGAGUUUUGGGAGGGGAGUGGGUAG